GAUCGUCAACGUGUGGCGCUGACGUGCGGAAAAAAAAUGGCGGGUUAGAGGAUUCCACUCGAGAAAAUACAUAAUUCGCUAUUGUUCGUCAAACACGUGGAAAUAUUUUUCAUCUUUGUCAUAUUAAGACGAAUAACGUUUGUGAAUGCAGUGAAAUGCACUAUUGAUCACUCCAAGUCUUUUCCAAUUUUGAUUUUCGUUUAAGUGACCACUUGCGAUACAAGUUACCGGCAAUUUUGUAGGUUAGCCUAUUAAUGAAAGCACGUUUUAAUUUGCAAAAUGAUGAAGUUUUGUCCGCUAUGUAUAAGGAACGGCCUAAAAAGAAAGAUCAAAGCGUUUCAGGUCAACUUCAAGGAAGCAGUGUGGUCUUGCGAGGCUGAAACUUGUCCUUGGCCAAUUGGUUUUGAAGAAUUGACGUACUUUGCAAGAGAUGCUUUUGGCUGCGAUUGGGAUGAAGAGGCACCUCCUCCAAUUGGUAUCUCUGAAGAAAACAUAUCUAUGGAAUUGUUACUUUAUACUCCACCUGUAACUCCUGGUGAAGAGCUGUCUAAGGAAUCAACUGAUAGUGUUAGUGCUGAAUAUUCAGGCAAUCCUUCGUUAGAAAAUAAACUUGAUACAUUACUUAAAAGUAAAGUUAAUUCCAGUAAAGAAUGUACAGGUUCUUUGCCAAUAUUAAGGCUAAGUGAACUAAAAAAUAAUUUUAUUGAAGAAAGGAAUAGUACAAAAGAAGAUAAUGCAAGUGCAUGUGCUUGCAAAACAAUGCCUAAGGUCACUAAGAUCCAAAAGACUAAUCUUGAUAUUACAUUUUUAUCAAAGAAUAACGAGUGCUGUGAUAAAGAGAAAAUGUACAAACAUAAUAAGCUACCAAUAGAUGUGACUUCGAAGGAUAUUGCUGAAAAUACAUUUUUCGAUAAUACAUUAUGUAAAACGGUUGAUUUAGAUACACAGUGUAAAAGAUUGGAUGAUACUAUGAAUGGAGCAGAAAAAACAAAUUUUAAUUCACAAACGCUAUCGGAAAUUGAUAUACCGCUGUUGCUUGAUGCAAAUGAUACAAAUAAUCAAAAUAAAACAAAUAAUUCUUCAUUGAAUAAUUCGGAUGUUAGUUCAAAUAUAGACAAAAUAUUAGAAGGUAUCAUGAGUACAGAAAAUCCUAGAACGGAAAACACAAAUAAUGAUUGGUUAUAUGCACUCGUUAAUAUGUAGCUUAGUUUAUUAUUUAUUAAUAAGUAACUAAUUAAGUAUUAAAAAAAGACUGAAACAUAUACUAUGGAUUAUAAAUGUUAUUAUAUCAGAUUAGUUAAUAUAAGAGUUACUUUGCAAAUUGAUCACUUGCAAAAGUAGAACAUUUUGGUGCAAUACAAAAAUUGUAAUAAAGCAUUGUUUUCUAUUUUGAAAAA